AGUGUCCAAUCACAUCACACGCAAGUCUUCUAAAAAGCAUUUUCACACAUUCCUUGCCUCAGACAUGAUCAUUUGGGCCAUUUUGAUCUUUUGGACUCCUGGAGUUCGACCUGAUAGCAGUGGUGAAAUCGUCUCAUUACAAACAUUCCAGCUGGGAGAUGAUGUUACAAUCAAAUGUUUCUCAACAAAAAAACAUUUUGGCAACACAAUGGUUUGGUAUAAACAGAGAAUUGGACAGAUCCCUCGUCUAAUUGCACUAUCAUACAAUUAUUGGAAUAAUUUGCAAUUUGAGAAUGAAUUUAAAGAUGGGAGAUUCGAUAUUUCAGCAAGUGAAGAUUCUUUUCACCUCAACAUCACAGCUACAACCAAGGAGGAUAUCGGAAAAUACUACUGCGGGACAGUUUUCUUGAAUAAAAUAGAAUUUAUGUCUGGAGCACAUCUGAUGCUAAGAGGAACAGAGUCCAAAUACAUUAAUAUGGGAUGUGAGGAGACAAAAGUUGUGAAUGGAACCACUUUCAAAAAUACUGAUAGCAAUAAUCAAAAAGUAUGGGAUCCUGUAUUACUUUGCUUGAUAUCCUUAAAUAUUUUGUUUGUGAUGGUAAUAAUCACACUUCUGGUUGAUUAUUUUAAACGCUGGAGAAAAAGACAAAAAGGAUCUAAAAAUGAAACAUCACCAUCAUGUGAGAUUGGAAAUUCAGAUGUGAAUUAUGCAGCUGUGAGUUUUGCCUCUGUACUUCCAGCCAGAAGAUCAAACAACAGACACUUGGCUGAAUACAGUGAAGUGAACUACAAGCAGAAAGAACACCGUCUCUUUACAAAAUAAUUUUGAUUGUACUGAGAUUGAUAUUUCAGAAACAUCAAUUACUAUAAAUAUAAGAACAAUUUAUCUUCCACUCACAGAAUUAUAUUCUGAUUACUCUUCACUUAUGUGUGCAUAGAAAUACUGUAGUGUUUGAUAAUGCAGAUCAGUGGAUAAAUUACAUGAAAGAUAAUAAAAAAUGUGGAUGGGACAUGUACCCAACUUUUUUCCAAAGUCAGUUUUGUCCUCAUCUACUUUUUGAAAGCCACUGAAAAAAAGCAGCAUGCAUGCACAAGUUUUGCAACGUUAAGAAAGUGUGUUCAGUUCUGGCUGGUUCAAACAGGUGCAAUGACGACCUCUGAGUACGGUCUACUGUACAACCGCUGCUGCACAAUGUGCUUCUAAUAUUCAGAGGCCUAGGUGCUGACUGACACUAAAGUCUGUUUAUGCCGUAAUAUUAGGACAAAUUAAGCUUAUACUUGCACAUAAGGAAAUCAGCGUGCAAUGUAUGUGGUUGCCAUCAUGACAUGACAACUUCACACGCUUGCUGUAUUACAUAUAGAGUUACAAUACUUUUAGGUUUUAUUACACAUAUUUAAAGCAUAAAAACACCACUUUUCAAGACAAAAUUACACCAAUGACCACAUGACAAUUAUGAAAUAUGGAAUACUAUAACAGUGACUACUGCAGUUAAUGUGGUUUUAACAAAAAAAAUUUAAACACAUGCAUUUUCAGACUGCCUUAGCAGAAUUAACAAUUAAUCAUUAUCCUGUUCAGUAAUGUGUUCCUCACAGCUGGAAACACUUCCAUAGUCUGAUACAUCAUGCCUCUUAUACCAGCUUUGCACAUUUUUUUUUUUCUUUUCUUUUUUUAAAUCAGUGAAUUGUGUAAUUUUCCCCAUAACUCACCAUAGGCAUCCAGGCGAUUAUGUUGAUAUUGGAUUCUAAUGCUGUCUACUGCUUCCCGAUGACUCUGGUGCAGCUUUUAGCUGGUGUUUGUUGACAAAUAAUGCUGUAUUUUUUUACUUCUCCACUUACUGCAAGCAAAAGCAUAAUGAGGAAAUUAUAGUUUAACACACUUUAAGCCAAAACAAAUUUACUCCUAUAUUUAAACAUACAAUUCAGAAGUUAAUUUUAUGCUUCCUCCUCUUCUGACAAUUCCAUGUGGGCUCAUUGUUUUUAACAUCGCUUUCACCAUAAUGUCACUCCUCUCCCAUUCUUCAUGAAAUCAUUUCUUUACAUUCCAUUUCUCGAAGCCUCCCUGAUAGUGUUUCACUUUCUUGAAACUUCUUUGUCUUUUCUUGAUGUUUAUCACUGCUGUUCAGCAAUGCAUUUUCAUCUAUCAUUUCAUAAAUCUUUUCCAGUAACUGAUUUACUUGUGUGCGAUCAUCUUUCAUGCUCUCUCUCAAAAACAUGAUAUUUCCACACAUCUCAACGAAUCUCACAAGGAUGUCCCCUUCACUCUCAAUGUGGCAUUCAAUUGAUUUGUUUCUCAAUGUUCCUUCACCCAGCCCAGCAGCACAAUAUUCAGUAAUCCUAAACCGUAUCUGGGCCAGUUUUGGCAAAGAUAUGGCACGGUAAGCACUGGCUAAUGUGGCUGUGAGUCUAAAGUGUCCCGCAUAUGAUUACUCUUGUCUAUUUCAUCCAGGUGGAUGCUGCACACUGGUGGUGGAUGAGGAGACCCCCCUCCCCCCUCACAAUGUAAAGCGCUUUGAGUGCCUAGAAAAGCGCUAUAUAAAUGUAAGGAAUUAUUAUUAUUAUUAUUAUUAUAUAGCUGAUUGCAGUUUAUAGCAAAUCUUUCAUGUAUUUGUUUGAUGCAUAAUAAGGUUCUUCACCUUAUUUCUUUCAGAGUAGCAACAGUUUAUCUUUCCAGAUAACGUAGCUCUGACAUUGCAACACCCAACAUAAUCACUUGCAUUUUAUGCAUCUUAUUCCUAUUUCAUUUAUGGUAUUCGUUUAGUAGUUGUUGAUUACUCUUGUCUAUUUUUUGUUAAUAAAUUCUAUUUUAUUACACUUGUGUCUUCCUUGUGUUGAUGAUACAGAAAGAGGUUCUACAAGUUAGAGAUCCCACCAA